AUGACGAGUCUGCCAGGAUAUGUGAUACAGCAUCCGUCGAGGGUGUUCCUCUCUACGACCACGGCACUCGGUGCCCUCGCGCUUUCCCCGAGUCCUCCCCUUAUUCCGCUAAUACUGUUGUUGGCGACUUUGCAUCUACAUCUUUACAUGCUCAUCCCCCGGCACAAAGUCCUAUCUCAUGGAUCGGUUCAGGUGUUGUUCCUAUCCGGGGCAGCUGGACUGGCGCACGUAGGACCGUCCUUUCAGGCGCUCUCGACCCCCGCCAUCUCGUUCGUGUCCUUGGGGGUUAUCUCAUUUAUCUCCUCCUCAUUUGCAUUGCUGUCCAUUGUUCUGAGCUAUUACGGUGGACGAUUGACCCAUUCACACUGGACACAAGCUCUGCUCUUUCCAUCGAUAUGGGCGAGCACCUGGGGUAUCGUCGCAUACUCUAGCCCGGUUGGCCGGCUGGUGACAUGGAGUCCCGUCGUCGGCUUGGGAUACUACAACUGGAUGCGAGAGAUUUUUGGGCAGUACGGGAUCGACUGGGUUGUUGCAGGUUGGGCCGUCGUUAUUGCAGCUGCGGUUGGUCAGUGGCUGGUGGGUCCAGCUGGAGACGCAGACGUUGCAUCGUCCGAACCAGAGCACCUGAUCUCUCUUCCACUGGAGGGGCUUCCUGGCGGUCGCAUAUCCAAGGAUUCCAAGUCCAAGCUUCGUCAUAUGUUAGUUUUGGCAGGAUUCUUGGUCAUACUCACUCUGCCAUCGUUCUUCAUGUCAUCUCUACCUCUUCCGGUCAAUUCCCCCGGCAUCACACCUCUCGGUGUUGCAUGCGCUCUCCCGUACCCUCAUCGCUCUGGUCGGCGCAGAGAUCCUCUGACCCUUCUGGACUUCAUCAUGGAGUCGCAGAGGUUGCAAUCUCAAUCGAACAUCGUCCUUUGGCCGGAAGGUGCCGUCCGAUUUGACACAUUGGAACAGAAGCAGAGGGCGUUUCUCAUGGCCCAGAGGAGCAUGAAUGCUGGCAGGUACUAUGCAAUUAGCUUUGAGGAAUAUGUACCUCCUCAGCCCUCUGAUGACCAAGGAGUAGCCGGCAUUCGGCGGAACGGUCUCGUUUUACUUGGCUCAACGGGACCACCCGUCUUCGAGUAUUACAAGCGGAAGCUUGUACCCAUCGCAGAGUCGUUCUCCCUAACGUCAUCUUCUGAUCCGCCGACUAUUUUCAACUUGGAGUUAGGUCCACCGAAAAGUUGGAACAAGACAACCUGGGCGCCAGGCAACCACACACGCCCCAUACCGCUGACUGCUUCUAUCUGUCUCGACUUCUCUUCUUCGUCGGCAUUUGACGGUCUUCCAUCCCGCCCCGCGCUCAUCCUUGCACCUGCUCGCACCUGGCAUAUCGACGUUGGAUAUGCCAUGUGGCAGCAGGCGAGGGCGCGCGCAGAGGAAAUUGGCAGUACGGUCCUGUGGUGCGAUGGGGGCGAAGGAGGCGUUAGCGGUAUUGCCGGAGGCGGCAUGCACGAGAUCGUCCAGGUCGGACAGGGCUCCUGGACUCGGACGAUCGGCGUGCAUUGGCCAUUCGACCAGCGCCUCACAUUCUUCGCGCGUGGUGGAGACUAUGCGGCUCUGGCUGCAAUUUGGGCCAUCCUUGGUGCUGGAUGGGGAAUAGAGUUCCUCAAGAUCACUGGUUGUCACAAUGGUCACAGGUUUGGGACCUGGAUCAUGGGGCAGCUGAGAAAGUUGCGUGCAUUGCGCUCGCCGCAUGAGAGGGAUCAAGAAAUAUUGAUUGAUGAUUCGUGA